CUGUCUCUCCCUCUUUCUGUCUCUCAAUUUCAGUCCCUCUGUUCAGCUCAACACCAGAAUCAAACUCCGUCAGCUACUUUGGUUCUUCACACCAAUCAGCACUAGAAUCUCAAUGGGUUGCACUGCAAGAGAAAAGCAUAUCCGAACCAAUCGGAGGCCUCGAUCGGCAAAACCCGAAAUCGAUCACACUAGUAGUACAGAAAGGACAACAGCCUCUAAAUCCAUAGUCGAAUCUAACCCCAGAACAUGGAAUAACUACCAAAUGGGUGCUCAAGAUUCCACCCAGAACACACACCCUAACCCUAACGCUAAUCCCAAUUUUGAUGAUAGUGGUUGGGGUUACUGUACAGAGGAACAAUUGGAAGAAAUUUUGUUGAAAAAUUUAGAGUUUGUGUACAAUGAGGCUAUUUCAAAGCUUGUUGCAUUGGGAUAUGAUGAAGAUGUGGCUUUGGAUGCUAUAUUGAGAAAUGGGCAUUGCUAUGGUGGAAUGGAUGUGCUGACUAAUAUAUUGCAUAAUGCUUUGGCUUAUUUGAACAGUGGGUGUGGUGGAAGUGGAACUGGUGGAAAUUCAGAGGAAUCUGAGCCUGUUUUUGUUGAUUUGAGGCAGUUGGAGGAGUAUUCAUUGGCCGGUAUGGUAUGCUUGUUGCAACAAGUUAAGCCUCAUUUGACUAGAGGUGAUGCUAUGUGGUGUUUGCUGAUGAGUGAUCUGCAUGUGGGUCGGGCGAGUGUGAUGGAAAUUCCAGUUCUUCCUUCGCCUAGUAAUAAUGGGUCUAUUAGUGGUACUGUAACUAGUAAUGUUGAGAGUGUUGAUAAUAACCAGGUUGGGGUUGCUCCAGCAUUGUGUAGGUUUCAUAGUGGUUGGGGGUUUGGAAAUGGAGGUAGUUCUGAGUUUCCAAUGAAUGGAUUUUUCCCGUAUGCACCAGAAAUGACUUUGCAAAGAGAGAUCGAGUGUCCAACGAGAUUUAAUCUUACUCCUUCAAUGAAGGCAUUGCUGAAGAGGAAUGUAGCAAUGUUUGCUGCUGGUUUCAGAGCGAACUCAAAACAGUUGCUGACACAAUCACAGGCUUGCCCCAGUUCUUUGUGUGGUGAGGACUCCUCAGCUGGGACUGUGAUUGGGUUUGCAGUUCCAGACGAAAAGAAGGAAGAAUCUCAGAAUUUGAAGAGUCAAGAUGUGGUGAACUCCAUGUUGAGUAAGUUUCGUGAUUUGAACCUUGAUGAGAAUGCAGAGAAUGCACCAGGAGAUCCGAAGGAUGAGAUGAUUUUGAGUUUGAUUCACCAGAUUAAGGAUCUGGAGAGGCAGGUAAAGGAUCGGAAGGAGUGGGCCCAGCAGAAAGCAAUGCAAGCUGCAAGAAAGCUCAGUAAUGAUUUAACAGAGCUGAAGAUGUUGAGGAUGGAAAGGGAGGAGACUCAGCGACAGAAGAAAGGCAAGCAGACCCUCGAGGAUACUACCAUGAAGCGGCUUUCAGAGAUGGAGAAUGCUUUGAGGAAGGCUAGCGGUCAGGUUGACCGUGCGAAUGCUGCUGUGAGAAAGCUUGAGACUGAGAAUGCAGAAAUUAGAGCAGAAAUGGAGGCUUCUAAGUUAAGUGCGUCAGAGUCAGUUACAACCUGUUUGGAGGUUGCAAAGAGGGAGAAAAAGUGCCUGAAGAGGCUUUUGGCUUGGGAGAAACAGAAAGCUAAGUUGCAGGAGGAAAUUGCAGCAGAGAAACAGAAUAUUUCAGAGUUGCAGCAACAGUUGGUUCAGGUCGAAGCAGCUCAGAAGGAGGCUGAGGCGAAGUGGAGGCAGGAGCAGAAGGCUAAGGAGCUAGCUCUAGCCCAAAUGGAGGAGGAAAGACGGCUCAAGGAAGCAACUGAGGCCAAUAAUAAAAGAAAGCAAGAGGCCUUGCGCCUAAAGAUAGAGAUAGAUUUCCAACGCCACAAGGAUGAUCUCCAAAGACUUGAGCAGGAGCUUUCACGCCUUAAAGCGUCUGCACAAUCCACAGAUCUACAUCAUCAAUCUAAUAAUUUGUCGCUUGGAAACUCUGAGGGGGCAAAUGCCCAAGGAGAAAGUAUUGCAAAGAUGCUUCAUGACUUGGAUAAACUUGAGGAGGAUUCGUCAGAGAAAGAAGCUGGCUAUGAUAGGGCGUGCAUAAUUUGUCAGAAAGAUGAAGUAUCUGUUGUGUUUCUGCCGUGUGCCCAUCAAGUUAUGUGUGCCAACUGCAAUGAUGAUUAUGGGAAGAAGGGAAGAGCUAUAUGUCCAUGCUGUCGGGUUCCGAUUGAACAGAGGAUCCGUGUGUUUGGUGCGAGCUCAUAGUCAUGUUUCCUGGUAUCAGGAUAGCAUGGUCAGUAAAACCCUUGGUUUUUUUAAUUUUUUGUUGCCGUUUCUUGAAACUGCUAGGACCUGGGGCUUUUACUAAUUACUUGUUUUGGACAUGCUGUGGUUGAAUCCGCAUAAUCGAAUGUAUGUAAAUAAGCUGCAAAAAGCCUAUCAAAUCAAAUGCAAUGCUUAUUAGUUGUAAUAUAUUUUGCCAUGGCCUU